AUGGAUUAGGAGCUUUUCAGCAUCGAUGGAAACUUAAGAGUAUAAUUUGAACAAAAGAUUAAGACUUACAAGAAUGACUUAGAUGAAGCUAAAAGAGUUUUCUUUAAGUACUAGGAUAGGUAUAUUGUUCAGAAAAAUAAAGAAACCAUGAUGGAUAAUGGGAUCAAAGUAGGCUAUGAUAUGGAAAAUAUAGCAGUCGACAUAAAAACUAAUUUGAAAGCACAGUCAGAUAAAAUGCAUAAGAUAGACUAGAGAAUGGAUCACAUGAAUUAAGAUAUGACUGUAUCCGAUAGACUGAUGCUAGAUAUUAAAAAAGGCAGAAGAGUCAAUAAACUUAUACUAUAUGGAGUAGUGUCAUUAAUUUGCUUAUCAGUCUUAGUGAUUGUUGCUCUAAGAGUAUUGUGA